UGGAGAUCUGACGAAUAUUGCACUCCCUUUUAUUUUCGUAUUUACAGUGGUGUUGAGAAUUCUCAGUGUGUUCUGUGCGCCAUAAAAUUCUUGGCCCGGCAUUUCUUUACACUAUCUCCGGUCAACCGCAGUCUCCGCUCUCAACACCACGAACGAUUGUGACCCCUCGUCCUCGCACGCUUGGAAGCACGGGCUAUCGAAUGCACCAUGAAUCUUCUAUCGCAGGCCCUUGAAUAUGGAGCUCCGCUCUUUCUCAUGACGUCCCCGGUCACCUCCUAUGCGGAUCAGAUCCUCAGCAUCCACCGCAGCAGAAGCUCGGCUGGGUUUUCUAUGGACAUCCCGUUGAUCAUGCUUGUUGCGUCUAUUCUCAAGGUCUUUUACUGGUUCGGGGCCAAGUACUCUCUUUCGCUACUGGUCCAGGCGGUCUUCACGAUCGCAGUGCAGAUUGUCUUGUUGAAAGUGGCGCUUGACAAUCGGCCGUCGCCUGGAUUGAAGAACAGUGUCGAACAUGUCCCGUUCAGCAGCGUCGACAGCGGGCAGGGGUUUACUAGGCCGUAUGAUUUCUGGCAAUGGCGGAGCGCCAAGCCGUACUGGAUGUUCCUCGCCUACUUCACCGUCGCCCUCACCGUCAUCCAAGUCUUCCUCCCGCCGCUCGCCUACUCCGAGUCCUAUAUCGGUCUUCUGGGAUAUGUCGGUCUCGCGGUGGAGGCGACUCUGCCUCUGCCUCAGGUCAUCAAGAACCAUCGGUCCCGGUCGUGUGUGGGGUUCCGGUUGUCGGUGGUCAUCGCGUGGAUCCUGGGUGAUAUCAUGAAGUUGAGCUACUUCUUCUGCAGCGCCGAGGUGAUUCCCUGGUCCUUCCGACUGUGCGGUAUGUUCCAAUGUGUCUGUGAUCUGUACCUGGGACUGCAAUUCUGGAUGUACAGUGGACCCUCGUAUGGGGCUGCGGGCAGUCCUUCUCGGGGCGCGAGUGAGGGAUGGCAGGUCGAGGAGAAGGAUAUUCGGAUGACUUGAUGCAUUCUUUCGUGAUG